AUGCUUUGUGCAGUCCCUACUUUGGAGGAGGUGAAGAAGGCAAUUUUUGAGUUAUCAGGUGAUAGUGCUAGUGGUCCAGAUGGUUUAAAUGGUGUUUUCUAUCAUUCUUAUUGGGAGAUUGUUAGUGCUGAUGAGUACAGUGUUGUGAAAGCCUUUUGGGAUGGCCAUACACUUCCAAAGGCAAUCACACACACUAAUCUAGUCUUGUUACCAAAGAAGAAUGAGGUGGAGACAUUUUUAGACAUGAGGCCUAUUAGUCUUAGUAACUACAUUAACAAAAUCCUUUCCAGGGAGAUUGUUUCAGAUAUCAGGUUGAGGGGAAAACCAGCUAAUGUUGUAAUCAAACUUAAUAUGACCAAGGCUUAUAAUAGAGUUUUAUGGUUAUUUUUAACCAAGGCUUAUGGGUUUUUCUGUUCUUCUAGAGGGGCCAAGCAAGAUGAUACUAUCAUCUUUUCAUCUGCGGAUGGUUAUUCUUUGAAACAAAUUAUGGAGACUUUGCAGAAUUACGAAAGCGUUUCUGGCCAGUUGAUUAAUAAGAAUAAGAUUCUUUCUACAUGUUCUAUAAGGAAAAUGAAGGCUAACUACUCAGAGUUGCUUAAAAAAGUGAGGGACAAGCUGAAUGCAUGGAAAGGGAAAUUAUUAUCACCAGGUGGAAAAGCAGUGUUGAUUUCUAGUGUGCUUCAGAGCAUACUAAUUCACCUGUUGUCUGCUUUGAAACCUCCUAUACGUGUGAUCAAAGAGUUGCAUAAAAUUUUCAAUAAACUAUUUUGGAGUAACAAGGAAGAUGGGAGAUACAGGAAUUGGUGGAAGGGUGGUUCUCAGAAUUGGAAAAUGAUGCUUGAUGCAAGAGACAAUAUUGAGCAGGAAAUUUGGUGGGAAAUCAGGAGUGGUACUGCAAAUGUGUGGUAUGAUAAUUGGACCAAGAUUGGUGCUCUUUAUUAUGUUCUUAAUGAGAUUGAUGAAUCAGUGGAGGAUGUUAAAGAGCUAAUGCUAGAUGGAGGCUAG